AUGAUUCCAGCAAAGGGGGCAUCGAUUUACAACUGUCCCCAAGGGAUAGUGGGCGUUUCGAUCCCUCUGUUCGAAGCGGGGUUGCGCUUGCCGACAUCAAAUUUCUUUGACAUGAUUGUGCAUCACUAUGGCUUCUCCGUUGACGAGUUAACCCCCAACGCUGUCAAUAAGAUCGUAUGUUUUGAACUGAUUUUUCGGAAAAGUUUGAACGUGGUGCCGUCGUCAGACGAGGAGACAGAAUCUGAUGAUGCAGGUCUUCUUCCUCGCAGGGCACGUAGGACUGUGUCUUUAACCAGGCUUGUUGGUGGUAUCAGGGGUGUUCUGAGUGAUCGUUUUUCUGUUCCUGAGCAGAAAGAGAUAGUGGUGGUGCCCGGUUCUACAGAGGCAUCACCCUUUCCAUUUGCGUGUUCACCCUUGGUUAAUCUUGAUACCGACUCUAUGUUUGGGCGUGUGUCGAGUUCUCCUGGAGGUUCUUUCCAGCGCGAGAAGCCUUCCCUGGUUGACGAAGUAGGAACUCCGUAUCACUCCCUAUCUUUUGGGUCUUAUGCUCUGGGCUGGGCGAUUACUAGAGAUUCCUUACUAUCAGAAGACAUCGCUGCCCAGGAGUGGAGUAGGUGUGCUCAUCUCCCGAAAACAAUGAGUUCUCUUGCGGGUCAAUCAAGUGCUCGUAUGGUUGGUAACCUGUGUAGGUCGCAGAUCAGACUUCUUCCCUUAUGGUUGCUGCUACUGACUGGGUUCGCCGCGUCGAAUUGUAUUGUGGCCUGUGAGAAGCCUUCUUUGGAGGAUCAUGUGGCCACUUUGGAGGACCAGUUAGAGAGGAAUCGCAAGCUAGGCCGCUUUGGAGGAUCAUGUGUCCACUUUAGAGGACUAGUCAGAGAGGACUUGCAAGCUAGGUGCCAACAUCAACUGGCCCGUGCUCGUGUUUAUGGUGCUAUUGAUCGAGGUGGUUUGCAAUGGAUACUGGAGAAAGGGGUAGUUCAUGUAAUUGAUAAAGUUAUCAAGAGCGUGGAAUUUCCCAGCAGGAUCCAGGGUAUUCGUGAGGCAUGUGAGGCCCUUGGGCUUGAAAAGGGGAAGCAACUAGGUGGUUGUUCCACAAGUGUUGGAGAACCUGAAGUCCUAUAUCCUGGCCUUGUUGUGAGAAGGGCUGAAGAGGUGGAUACCGCUAUAUCGUCCCUUCUGAGACGGAUUUCACAACCCUCUUUCAUUUGGGGGAAGCUGUAUUAUGACGACUUCUGCCAAUUUUUUCGGAGGCUGAAUCCGAGAUGUUCUUCUUCAGACUCCGAGGGAUAA